AUGUCGACCACAGCAGGCGGCGGCUUCGAAAGCCAUCAGCCAGUAGCGGCGAAUGGGCAGGAUCAAUUUGGAGAGCUCUGGUCUCAGGCUCUCAGCGACUACACCAAGAAGACGAAGAUCGAUCUCUCGAAGCACCCGUUGGCGAAGGACUUGGCUGUGCUCGACUCUCCCGAAGAAAUCUGCGACGCCUUUCGAGAGAGGAUGAAGAGAUAUCGGCGCGAUGGUACGAAGUGGGGCAGGAUCCGCAAUGACUAUGUGAAGCCGAUUGUGGACGCCUUGUUGAUUAUCAACAAAACUUUAGGAGAGACUGCGGGGAGCUUCUCUGUGGUCCCAGGCGGCAGAUUCCUCUUCGUUGCGUUCGGGGCUGUACUUCUUGCUACGAAAGGUGUCUCGGCACGGUAUAACGCGUUAUUGGAUCUUCUCGAUGAGAUCAAGAUAUUCUUCGGAUCUCUACGUCUUCGCACCGCAAGCCCAGCCAGCUGGCGUAACAAACUAUCCCGAAACAUCGCGUCUCUGAUUUUAGUUCACAUACUCGACGCUUUCGCCCUCGCUACCAACUUCAUAGCAUCGACCAAUCGCUCUUGUGCGCGUCUAUUUCAUUUCGGCGAGAGCCUUACCGGCAAUAAGGACAUGCAGGAGGUUUUGAAGCGUCUGCGUUUGCUAACGACACUCGAGUCCCGUGCGAUCUCAUCAGAAACGCAUGUAGAUGCUGCUGAAUGUCGUAGCAUUGCCCAGCAACUGCGACAAGAGUUGGGCGAGAUGAAGAUGUCGCAAGCGCGCGACACUCUGUGCUUGAGUAUCGUAGAACGUAGCGUGGGCGACGUACUGGCCAAACUCAUCCUUGUCGCGAAUCAGGUUCAUGAGACAAUACUCACCGCUGAAGAGAAAGCCGAGGCUCGUGAUUUACUUGCGAGGUUGGAUCGCGUAGGCUUUGCAGACUUAAGUUCCCAGCGACGCGGCGGAUGCUUGCCAGGCACUCGCGUUGAAGUUCUUGAUGCUCUUUUCUCGUGGAGCGCUGAUGCUAAUGCGCCGCGCAUAUACUGGUUGAACGGCAUGGCUGGCACCGGCAAAUCAGCGAUAGCACGUUCAUUCGCCCAAAGACUGCGUGAUAAUGGUAGCCUUGGCGGCAGCUACUUUUGCUCUCGCGAAAGUCACGCAGAGCUUGCUGAUGCAAAUCGGAUUGUGCCGACUCUUUCCGCGGCUUUGGCCGGUUCUGAUAUCCAAUACAAGGUUGCCCUUCUGUCUGUAUUGAGAAAAUACUCGCACGAGGCGCACCCGAGCACAUGGGCGAUCAAGCUGCAGAUUCAACGAUUGUUCUUUGAGCCCUUUGCUUGUUAUAUGCGCGAGGUUUCGGCGUCACCCAUGCCUAUUUUGGUCAUUGAUGCAUUGGAUGAAGCGAAUGAUGAUACCGUUGGGGAUCUUCUUGACAGUUUGGUUUCUGUGGCAAGGAGAUUGCCUAUUAAGUUCUUCUUGACGUCUCGCCCUGAGAGGCACAUUCGAUGGCGCCUAGAUUCCUUCAGAUAUGGCGACUGUCUACGGCUCCAUGACGUAGAGAAAACGAUAGUCACUGCGGACAUUCGUCUCUACAUCGAGCAUCGCCUCAAUGUCAUCGUUGAUCGGUUCCGAGGAAGGGCCGAGAUCCCCGAAGGCUGGCCGACCAGGCAGGACACGGAAUCUCUUGUCGCUUUGUCGGGAUCACUGUUCAUCUACGCGUUCACCACGACCGAACACAUCGGUGACCGCAAUCCCGUGAAGCGGAUGCAAGAUGUGCUCAAUGUGCGGCGUCGACUAUGGACGGUCGCGAAUCCCUUAAACGAUCUGGACCGCAUAUACACGUUCAUACUGAACGCCGCAACUACGGGUCGUACUUCGGAAGAGUUGCUCUUGACGAAACGCACUCUGGGCGCGAUUCUGGCCGCCCGAGAGCUACUGGGCCUUCCCACACUAGCCAGGCUACUCGGUUCUACCGUUGACGAGCUUAGAGAUGCUCUCGACGGGCUUCAUGCAGUCGUGAAUGUGCCCGAAGAUGUUGGCAAUGGAUCAGUGUCGACUCUGCAUGCUUCGUUUGGUGAUUUCCUCACGGAUCGCGAGCGUGUACAGGAGCCUAUCCUUUUCAGUGUAUUCGAGUUCUCCCCUUCUGGUGCUUACAUAGUCGUCGGAACGAAUGGACCUGCAAUAUAUGGGUGGAACCUGGAUUCUCGUGAGCUCUGUCUUCAAUGCUGGCCGGAUUCAUUAGGGUUCGGGCGGUAUGAUCGAAGUAACAAGAUCACAUCGCUGACCUUCCUAUCUGAGAAAAAGAUCAUGUGUGGAACCAGUAUGGAUGCUGGUCUGCACAUCCUUGACAUUGAUGCUGGUCUGACUGGGUCUCAUACGAAGCUACGCUUUUCCCCUCGCGAUGAUUAUAACAGGCCAAUUGCGUCAUAUACCUCCUCUCAGUACAAGGAUGCCUUCAUUGCCACUUCUAUCGACGGCGGCAUCGACCUUCGGAAUAUCAACACAGGGGAUAGAGUCAGACCCUUUCUUAGGGGAGCCGUCAAUUGUGCAGUCUUUGUAUAUAUCUCGAGCGAUGGAGAGUCCAUUAUCUCGGGUCCUGGAAAGGGGAAUAACGACGGACUACUACCAAGCGAUUACGAUAUUGAUAAGAGCAUCGUUGUUUGGGACAUAGGCCCAAGCUCAGAUAGAUGCAAACUCGCCAUGAACGACGGUUUCGAUCACUUCUACCUCCCCACUGCAAGCUCAAGAGGAUGGAUGCAGGCCCCAAACAAAGAGCUUCUUUUGUUUAUCCCUGAGAAGUACCGCCAGUAUCUUCAGCAUCCACCCAUCAUCCAUCGCUUCGCCGCCGGCCGGCUCACCAUCGACUGGACAGAUGCCGUGUAUGGUGAGGAUUGGACGAAGUGCUAUAUCGGACCCAAAUGA